CUAUACAUAAAAAAAAAGUAAAUUUGUAUUCACCAAAUCUAUGGGCACGAGUUAACUUAACAGUCUGGUAACAAUCAUAAAAAUUAAAUAGCGAAGGCGCAGAGAGCGUGGAUGCCAGCGGCAAGCACAUGGUAUAGAAGCGAAGCAAAGCAUAAAACUCACACCGACGUCGAGUCAACACGCGUGUCAACUCAAGUCUCUCUCUCACACACACAUAAAUUUAGCAAAAUUCCUAAUUAAGAUUCACCACUCUCCUCAUUCGUCGCUCCAAAUCUAACUUUCUCUCUUCCGUUUCCUAAUUAAAAAGAAAUUCACCAAAAAAAAAAAAAAAAUCAUUUGGUGUCGGUGCUAUCUCCUCUCCAAGCCUCUCCUCAGAUCCAACGAUGACGAUAACCAACGGCUCAACCGAUAACAAACCAUUCCGGAUCUUCGUCGGUUACGAUCCACGCGAAGAUCUCGCAUACCAAGUCUGCCGCCACUCAAUCACCAAACGCUCCUCCAUCCCCGUCGAAAUCACUCCCAUCAUCCAAUCAGAUCUCCGCGCCAAAGGCCUCUACCACCGCGAACGCAACAACCUCGAGAGCACCGAGUUCUCCUUCACACGCUUCCUCACCCCGCACCUCUCCGACUACCAAGGCUGGGCGAUGUUCGUCGACUGCGACUUCCUCUACCUCGCCGACAUCAAGGAGCUCGUCGACCUAAUCGACGAUAAAUACGCGAUCAUGUGCGUUCAGCACGAUUACACUCCAAAGGAAGCCACGAAGAUGGACGGCGCCGUGCAGACGGUUUACCCGAGGAAGAAUUGGUCCUCCAUGGUGCUUUACAACUGUGGACAUGAUAAGAACAGACUUUUGACUCCGGAGGUUGUGAAUACGCAGAGCGGCGCGUUUUUGCAUAGGUUUCAGUGGCUUGAGGAUGAGGAGAUUGGAUCUGUUCCGUUUGUUUGGAAUUUUCUUGAAGGGCAUAAUAAGGUUGUUGAAGGGGAGUCUAGUACGGUGCCUAAGGCUGUGCAUUAUACUAGGGGUGGGCCUUGGUUUGAGGCUUGGAAGGAUUGUGAGUUUGCUGAUCUUUGGUUGAGUGAGAUGGAAGAGUAUAACAAGGAGAAGAAGAAGAAAGAAGGGAAUUAGAGAGAAAGGAAGGUAUGUUUUUACUUUGUGCCAAUGCAAGUUAUAUGGUUUUUUUGCUUGGUUUUGUAGAGCCAGGGGGAUUUACUAGUCUUGUGAAUUGGCUUUGGAUUUGUUGUUUUGGAAUUCUUUUAAAUUAUGAGCUACACUAAUAUACCAAUAUUUAAGAUCUUAUGGUAUGAUAAUAACCUAUUCGUUUUUUUUGUUUCUUUGUUUGUUGGACUUUGUACCUUGUAAUGAUAUUUUAUUUGUAAUUUGAAUGAAGC